GACGGGGAAAUCUGCGUCUCUCACUCGCGCUGACUCUUCUCUCCAGUCGCUCGCUCACGAACAGUAAGGAUGUUCCCAUUGGAUGUCUCUCGUCGUCGUCUUCAUGUUGCUCUCGUUGCGAUACUUCUAGGGCUCCAAGCGCCCGCCUCUCGCUCGCUCCGAUUCGACUUGCAAUCGGGCCACACGAAAUGCAUCGCCGAAGACAUCAGAGCCAAUUCCAUGACCGUCGGCAAGUUCGCCAUCGUCAAUCCUCACGAAGGCCAUCCCCUGCCUGAAUCUCAUAAGCUCUCCGUCCGGGUAACUUCUGCACACGGGAACAGCUAUCACCAAUCGGAAAAUGUGGAGUCGGGGCAGUUCGCAUUCACGGCCGGAGAAGCUGGGGAUUACACGGCUUGCUUCUGGGCUCCUGAUCACAAGCCCCAAGCUACUUUGACGGUUGAUUUCGACUGGAGGACCGGUGUGGCUGCCAAGGAUUGGUCCAAUGUUGCCAAGAAAGACCAAGUCGAUGUCAUGGGAUUGGAACUGAAGAAGUUGUAUGAGACUAUCGACUCCAUUCAUAAUGAGAUGUUUUAUCUUCGUGAAAGAGAAGAGGAAAUGGAGGAGCUCAACCAAGCAACUAACGCAAAAAUGGCCUGGCUCAGUUGCCUUUCGCUUUUUGUCUGCCUAUCUGUGGCUGGCCUGCAACUAUGGCACUUGAAGACCUUUUUCGAGAAAAAGAAAAUCAUUUGAAUCUUUUUUCAAUAGCUUAGAAAUUUUUUAUCUACUUUUGCGGAACAUUUGGAUGGUGAUACAACCUUUCUGAGAUGUCUACGUUGUUGACAGUUCCUGGAGAUCCUAAGUAGGAGUUAUGCAAAAAAAAAAAAAAAAGCAAAAAGAUAAAAGAGAAAUCGUUUUCCAAAAGAUCUGGUUGUUAUAAUUCCUAGUGAGUUAUUACUAAGGUCCCUAGUCUAGAUUUGCAUCCAACAUUUUACUGAUGUGGAGUUGGUUAGUUGGACAACUUGGUCGUUGUAAUGAUUUGACCAAACUGUUUUUCACUGUCAGUGAGGCGGUGCCGGGCUUAUUCAUUGGCUCGAAGGAAGCCAAAUUAUAACCAGGAAGAUUCUAAUUGUGAUGUCCA